UAUAUAAAUUUCCAUCGAGGAAGAAGACAGAGAAGAAAGCGAACUGCUUUUAUUAUACAGAAAUGGCGAAGCCUCGCAAUAAACCAAAGACGGAAGAUCAGAAAUCUGAUAAUACAGAUGGAGUUCUUCAGCAUCAGAAACUAUGUCUUUCAAUCGAUAUGGAAAAGCGUUUAAUUUACGGAUAUACAGAGCUUCAGAUAGCUGUACCAGAUAAUGGGAUUGUUGGGCUACAUGCUGAUAAUCUAGUUAUUGAUAAUGUUUUAGUAGACGGGGAACCUGCUAAGUUUGAAGUAUUUCCUCAUUAUCAGCAUUUGGAAAAUGAGAAUAGGUGGUGUUCUGUAUCCUCAGCUAGUUCUGCUGCAGAUGCUGCAGGAUCAGUAUAUUUAUCAGCACUUGAAAGAGAAAUGGUUCCAAAUUUGCUGAUCAUGUGUCCCAAGAAUGAGAAAUCAUCAAGUGAAGAGCAAGGACAACAGCAGUCUGAAAAUGGGUUGCAACCAUUAAAUGAACCAAAGCAGAAUGUGAAACGUGUUCAUAUUGACUAUUGGGUGGAGAUGGCUGAAACAGGAAUCCAUUUCGAGGACAAUGUUUUGCACACUGAUAAUCAGUUAAGGCGGGCAUGCUGCUGGUUCCCUUGUAUGGAUGACAAUAUGCAACGUUGCUGCUAUGAUCUCGAGUUUACAGUUGCCAGCAAUCUUGUCGCUAUAAGUACAGGAAACCUAUUAUGUCAGGUCCUAAGCAAGGAUGACCCCCCUCGUAAAACCUUUGUAUAUAAGCUGAAUCUUCCAGUCACUGCUCGUUGGAUAUCAUUGACAGUUGCACCAUUUGCAAUCUUACCAGAUCGCCAAAGUGGACUUUUGACAUAUUUUUGUAUGCCUGAUAAUCUGUCGAAGUUGCAAAAUACUGUUGCAUUUUUCCAUAGUGCAUUUAGUCACUAUGAAGAUUACCUUACAGCCUCAUUCCCUUUUGGGUCGUACUCACAAGUUUUCAUUCCUCCUGAGAUGGCAAUAUCUUCCAUGAGUUUGGGUGCUUCCAUGACCAUAUUUAGCUCUCACCUUUUGUUUGAUGACAAGAUUAUUGAUCAGAUAAUAGAGACAAGGAUCAAACUUGCAUAUGCCCUAGCAAGGCAGUGGUUUGGUGUGUAUAUCACUGCUGAGUCAUCAAGUGAUGAGUGGUUAUUGGAUGGUCUUGCUGGGUUCCUCACUGAUUCAUUUGUUAAACAAUUUCUUGGCAAUAAUGAAGCACGCUUUAGGCGUUACAAGGAAAACUCGGCUGUCUGCAAAGCUGAUGAUAGUGGGGCAACUACUUUAAGCUCCUCUGCAGCUUCUGAGGAUUUGCAUGGAACCCAGUCCAUUGGUUUUUAUGGAAAAAUAAGAUCAUGGAAAUCUGUGGCAGUCCUUCAAAUGCUUGAGAAACAAAUGGGCCCCGAGUCCUUCCGUAAAAUCCUGCAAAUAAUAGUCUUACGAGCACAAGAGACUGCCCGUUCUUUACGGACUUUAAGUACAAAGGAGUUCCGUCAAUUUGCCAAUAAGAUUGGUAAUUUGGAGCGUCCAUUUCUUAAAGAGUUCUUUCCUCGAUGGGUGGGAUAUUGUGGGUGUCCAGAGAUGAGGAUGGGAUUUUCCUAUAACAAACGGAAGAACAUGAUCGAGUUAGCUGUGCUGCGUGGGUGUACAGUUCCACCAGAUGCAUAUGCUAAAAUUCUUAAUCACAAUCCUGACUCAGAGAGCAGAGACAGCAGUGUAGGAUGGCCUGGAAUGAUGAGCAUAAGGGUUCAUGAACUUGAUGGCAUGUAUGAUCAUCCUAUUUUACCAAUGGCAGGAGAAGCUUGGCAACUUAUGGAGAUACAAUGCCAUUCAAAAGUUGCUGCCAAACGCUUCCAAAAACCUAAAAAGAGUUCAAAACCUGAUGGAUCUGAUGAUAAUGGAGAUGUUGUGUUAGACACAAGAUCCAAUGUGGAUUCUCCCCUUUUGUGGCUUAGAGCUGAUCCAGAAAUGGAAUAUCUGGCAGAAAUUCACUUCAACCAACCUGUGCCGAUGUGGAUAAAUCAACUAGAGAAGGAUAAAGAUGUAGUUGCUCAGGCACAAGCAAUCACUGUCUUAGAAGCACUGCCGCAACUCUCAUUUUCUGUUGUAAAUGCUCUUAAUAGUUUUCUCAAUGAUUCAAAGGCCUAUUGGAGAGUCCGGAUUGAGGCAGCAUAUGCAUUGGCUAAUACAGCAACAGAGGACACUGAUUGGGCUGGAUUACUUCAUCUUAUUAAAUUCUACAAGAGUAGACGAUUUGAUGCUGAUGUUGGGUUUCCAAAGCCAAAUGACUUCAGAGAUUUUGCAGAGCAUUUUGUACUUGAGGCUAUUCCAAAUGCCGUUGCUAUGGUCAGAUCAGCAGACAAGAAAAGUCCACGACAAGCUGUGGAGUUUAUUGUACAACUUUUGAAGUAUAAUGAUAACAACGGGAAUCCAUACUCUGAUGUGUUUUGGCUUGCUUCAUUGGUGCAAUCAAUUGGUGAACUUGAAUUCGGGCAACAGAGUGUUUCCUUUUUAUCAUCUCUUCUCAAGCGGAUUGAUCGCCUUUUCCAAUUUGACAGGCUUAUUCCUAGUCACAACGGAAUCUUGACAACAAACUGCAUCAGAACAUUAACUCAAGUUGGUCUGAAGCUUUCUGCAUACAUAGAUAUAAAUAAUGUAGUUGAACUAAUCAAACCAUUUCAAGACUUGAAGACAAUGUGGUUUAUUAGAAUUGAGGCAAACAAAGCUUUACUCGACCUACAAUUCCAUUCCAAAGGAAUCGAUGCUGCAUUGAAGUUAUUCAUGAAAUAUUUAGAAGAAGAACCAUCACUCAGAGGGCAGAAGAAGUUGAGUGUUCAUAUGACGAGGAUAUGUCAAAUAAGAGGUGGUGGAUCCGAUCCAAUCGACGAUGUAGAAAGUGGAACCCUAGGUGCCUUACUUCGACUAAUUGAAAGUCGAGUAGCAUUCAACAAUGUUUUUCUUCGUCACUAUAUAUUUUGCAUUCUCCAAAUUCUCGCAGGAAGACAACCAACACUUUUCGGGAUUUCGAGAGAUGGAAUAAAGAGCUAUGCAGAGACCUGCAGUGAGCUGAAGAAACUUUUCGCAGCUUGUAUAGAAGAAACUAAAACAAUGGGGGGAACCGAUAUGGAUGUCCCGAUCCAUUUAGAUCAAGAACAAAUGUUCAACAUGGAAAUCUUCUCUAAUCCUGACUUACUUACCAACAACAAUGAACCUCCUCCUGUUCCAGUCGACUUCUCCGAUUUUCCAAUUUCCAAUGACAAUUUAUCUGUUCCUCCUCCAUCUCCUCCGGUUAUCUUCUCCUCCGAUUUUCCGAUUUCCAAUGACAAUCUAUCUCUUCCUCCUCCUCCUGAUCCUGUUCCUGUUCCCAAUUUGCCAAUCGUGGAGCAUAAUUCAGUCGAGGUCGAGGUAAAGACAGAAACAGACAUAACAGUUUCGAAUAGUCAAGAGAGGAGGAAACCAGUGCUGAAAUUUAGAGUUAAGAGAUCAAAUAAAGCUGAGGAAGGUGGUGAUACUGCAACGACGGUUGUUGAAAAAGCUGACCGCGGCGGUGGUGGCGGAGCCAGCAGUUCUGUAUCGGUUGAUGCGCCUCCUCAUAACGUCGUGGAGGAAGUGAAUUCCUGUCACGAUCACGGUUCUCGAGUAACCGCUAGUAUUGGAAGUGUGAAAAUAGUAAGUGAAGGUGAAGAAAUCGGAAAGGAAUUACAAUGUACUGCUGAAUCAAGCAAAGUGAUCGGAUUACCUCUUCCUCCUUGUUCAUCGCCGAGUUUAUCUAAUAAAGGAAUAAUCAAGGCGCAGAAAUACGUUAGUCUUCAAACGCUUAGUGUUCCAAUUGUUGACGAUGAUUCGAAUCAGUUACAGAAGAAAGAGAAAGAGAAAGAGAAGAAGGAAAAGAAGGAGAAGAAGAAGAAAGAGAAGAAACAACGGCGACGUGAAGAGAGAGGAGGUCAUAGUGAGGAUCCUGAGUAUCUGGAGAGGAAGAGAUUGAAGAAAGAGAAGAAGAAGGAGAAGGAGAUGCAGAAAGUUUUAGGAAGUUUUCCUCCGCCGGAGAUAGUGGCGGCGCCACCUCCACCGACGGCGGUGGUGGUGGCUCAGAUGACAGAAACCCGGCCGGAAACUGCUUCGUCUCAUAAAAUUAGGAUUAAGCUUAAACCACGGAUGACUCAAUAAAUAAAUAAAUUAUUAUUAUUAUUUUAAUGUCUUUUAUUUUAUUUUUUGUAUGUGAAACUUUAUUGGUGUGUUAGUUUUUUUUUAUUAUUGUAGUUGGAUAUAUUAUUUUUUGGUUUAGGAUUGAUUGCUAAUGGACAUUUUCAAUUGU